GCGCUCUGACGUCACUGGGCGCGACGCCCCGCGCCGGGACUACGGAUCCCAGAAGGUCGCGCGCGGGCCCCCGCCAGUCAGGUGGGCACCAGGUCCUGGCCGUGGCGAAAGUACCGGCGGAGCCGGAGACUCGCUGCCGGAGACGCCGCCUCGCGAUCCCCGCGCGGGCGGGACCGGGCGGCCGGCGUCAUGACCCUGUUUCACUUCGGGAACUGCUUCGCUCUCGCUUACUUCCCCUACUUCAUCACCUACAAGUGCAGCGGCCUGUCCGAGUACAACGCCUUCUGGAAAUGCGUCCAGGCUGGAGUCACCUACCUCUUUGUCCAACUCUGCAAGAUGCUGUUCUUGGCCACUUUCUUUCCCACCUGGGAAGGCGGCAUCUAUGACUUCAUUGGGGAGUUCAUGAAGGCCAGCGUGGAUGUGGCAGACCUGAUAGGUCUAAACCUUGUCAUGUCCCGGAAUGCCGGCAAGGGGGAGUACAAGAUCAUGGUUGCCGCCCUGGGCUGGGCCACCGCCGAGCUUAUUAUGUCCCGCUGCAUUCCCCUAUGGGUCGGAGCCCGGGGCAUUGAGUUUGACUGGAAGUACAUCCAGAUGAGCAUAGACUCCAACAUCAGUCUGGUCCAUUACAUCGUCGCAUCUGCUCAGGUCUGGAUGAUAACACGCUAUGAUCUGUACCACACCUUCCGGCCGGCUGUCCUCCUGCUGAUGUUCCUCAGUGUCUACAAGGCCUUCGUUAUGGAGACCUUCGUCCACCUCUGCUCACUGGGCAGCUGGACAGCCCUACUGGCCCGAGCAGUGGUAACGGGGCUGCUGGCCCUCAGCACCUUGGCCCUGUAUGUCGCCGUUGUCAAUGUGCACUCCUAGGCUUGGUGUCUCAGAUAUUGAUGUACCCUUUCCCUGCCUCGCUUCAGGUUUUAGUGAAGUAAAUAGUAUUUGGAAAGUUG